UUGAGCUUGCGUGCAAACUCGUUCUCCGCCUUUCCGCGUGUCGUGCGCGUCUUUAGCAAUGUCGUCCGCUUCCACCACCACCACCACCCAGUCUUUUGUCGAGCGCGUCCAGGACUUUGUCUCGGAAAACAAACGUGCCAUCAUCGUGGGCACUGCUGCUGCUGCCAUUGCAGUCGGUGGUGUCGUUUACUAUGCCUCAUCUUCGAGAGCAAACAGUGACCUCGAGAAGGCAGAGAGGCGGCCAAAAGACAAGAAAAAGCCAAAAAAGCGGAAAUCAGCAAAGGACAACCAACCCAUUCUCGAGGAAAUCGUCCCCAGCAAGGUGGAAGAAGAGGAUGUAGUGCUCACGGCUGAGCAGAUUGCAGCUAUGCCUGACAAGGAACGGGCCGAGGCAGCUGCUUCGCUCAAAACCAAGGGUAAUAACCUGUACAAGCAACGCAAGUUUGCUGAAGCUGUCGAGUUGUACACGAGGGCCAUCCAGGUGGCUUCGAAAGCAGACCCAGUGUUCUAUAGUAACCGUGCAGCAUGUUACGUGAACAUGUCCCCACCGAAGCAUGAGCUUGUUGUGCACGACUGCGACGAAGCCCUCAAGCUUGACUCGAACUAUGUCAAAGCCUUGAAUCGUCGUGCAAUUGCACUUGAAGGACUCGAGCGGUAUGAAGAGUCUUUGCGUGAUUUCACUGCCGCUACCAUAUUGGAUAAAUUCCAGAACGAGACGGCAGCGCAGUCAGUUGAGCGAGUCUUGAAGAAAAUCUCGACGCACAAGGCAAACGAAAUCAUUUCUAGCCGUGAACCCAGAUUGCCCUCCUUCACCUUCAUUUCUGCUUAUUUCGCUGCUUUCCGACCACGAUCUUUACCCACUCUACCCGAAAACCCCACCACUGGUGAUAACACCUUGAUUUUGGCGCUCCAAGCCCUUGAAGCUGGAGAUUACUCUCAUUCUGUUGUGCUUGUUAACGAGGCUGUUGACCAGGGUAUCUCAUGGGGGGCUGGUGAGGCUGAAGCGCUCAACCUCCGCGGUACUUUCAAGUUCUUGAUGGGCGAUGUUCUGGGCGCAAAGGCAGAUUUGCUUCAGUCGAUUUCACUACUUCCGUCAUUUACUCAGAGUCUUGUCAAAGUUGCGAGUGUGCACAUGGAGCAAGGGGACAGGGAGAAGGCCUUUGAGUGCUUCGAGGAAGCCAUCAGGCAAGAUCCUAACGACGCUGAUGUGUACUACCACCGUGGGCAAGUGUUGUUCAUUACAAAUGAGUUCGAAAAGGCUGCAGAGAAUUAUCAACAGUCCAUGAAUUUGGACGAUACAUUCGUAUUCAGUCAUAUACAGCUGGCUGUUGCGCAAUAUAAGAUGGGCAAUGUCGCGAAUAGUAUGGCAACUUUCCGGAGAACUCUGACUGCGUUCCCCCAGCGCAGUGAACCUCCGAACUACUACGGUGAACUGCUACUUGAUCAACAACGGUUCCAGGAUGCGGUAGAGAAGUUCGAGCGAGCUAUCGAAAUCGAACGGGCAAAAGCACCUCCUAUGAACGUUCUAUCACUUGUUAACAAGGGUCUUGCGCUAUACCAAUGGAAACAGGACAUCGGUGCCGCUGAAAGGUGUUGUAACGAGGCUCUUCGCAUUGACCCCGAGUGUGAAGCCGCUGUUGCUACUAUCGCCCAGCUGAGCUUGCAGCAGAGCAACAUUGAACGUGCCAUCGAGAUGUUCGACAGGCAGGCCGAGUUGGCGAGAAGCGAGCCUGAGCUGAUCAACGCUCUCACUUACCGAUACGCAUCCGCUGCUCAGAUGGACUUUAUGAAGAACUACCCAGACAUGGCCAACCAGCUAAAUCAAAUGGCGCGGACAAUGCAGAUGUAGUGGAUAUAGUAGAGCAUUGGGCAUUAGAGCAUUGGACUAGCCUUAGCGACGUCAGCACUGUCAAAAAACACCUAUAAUUAAUCACAUAUAUUUCGUCUUAUCUCCUGAGCAAUAUCACUCCUCUCAUG